AUGCCUAGGAAGAGAGCCCUUUCUCGAAGUCAAUUGGAUGAUUCAACAUCCGAUGAUGAUGAUUUUGACAUGUUAUCGGCUGCUGUAAUUGUGGACUCCUUUGCCAAUGCCGAAAAGAAACACGGUGGCUCUGUCGCAGGCCAUAGAGUUCUUCACCGUGAUAGAGAAGCCGGCCACGAGAGGUUGUUUCAAGAUUAUUUGGCGGAGAAUCCAACAUAUGGCCCUGAAAUAUUUCGACGAAGGUACAGGAUGUCUAAAGAGCUUUUCGUACGGAUAAUGAAUGCGGUUGAAGCACAUGAUGAUUACUUUGUGCAGAAAAGGAACGCAGCUAAUGUACUUGGUUUGAGUUGCCUACAAAAAGUCACUGCAGCAAUACGUAUGCUCACGUAUGGUGUUCCCGCUGAUGCGACCGAUGAGUACGUUCGCAUUGGCGAAAGUACUGCACUAGAGAGCUUGCGGAGGUUUGUUACUGCAAUUGAUGAAAUAUUUGGAGAAGAAUAUCUCAGAUAUCCCAAUGAGGCGGAUACGGCACACUUACUUGCAAUGGGCGAGCAACAAGGCUUUCCGGCAGAAGGAAAAGCUCCGGAAGUCAAAUUUUCUGUUAAUGGUCAUGAUUAUACAAUGGGUUAUUAUCUUGCAGAUGGAAUAUACCCCACAUGGGCUACUUUAGUCAAGUCGAUCACCAAACCUAUGGGGAACAAGAGACAAUAUUUUGCUAAAGCGCAAGAAGCAGCCAGAAAGAUGGUCGAGAGAGCUUUUGGGGUUCUACAGUCAAGGUUUGCAAUUGUUCGAGGGUCAGCUCGCUUUUGGGACAUAGAAACAUUAACAAAGAUUAUGAGAGCUUGUGUCAUCAUGCAUAACAUGAUUGUGGAAGAUGAAGGCUUCAUCGUUGACCCAAAUGAACGUUUUGAUUAUGGUGGUGACAAUGUUGAAGCCGAGCAUGACAAGCCUACCCGUACACUUGAAGAGUACAUUGAAGCUCAUAGAAAGAUCCGGGACAAGCAAACACAUGUUCAAUUGAAAGAAGAUCUCAUCGAGCACCUCUGGAACAAGCACCCAGAUUUAUAUUAG